AUGAAAAAAUUACCUAGUAGUUAUUUGGAGCCUAAAAUAUUUGAUAACAAAUACAUUAUCAAAUAAAAAUUGAGUUCUGGGUCUUUUGGAGUUGUUUAUCUGGCUAUUCAUAAAGUUACUCGUGAAGAAGUGGCUGUUAAAUUGGAAAAAGGAGAAUAAGAAACAUUAGAUAGAGAAGUUUACUUGCUAACUAAAUUGUAAGGUAUUUAAGGAAUUACUAAACUUUACUGGUUUGGAAGUGAGUAAAAUUACAAUGUUAUGGUCAUCGAUAUAUUAGGUAAAGACUUAGGUUAUUAUGUAAAAAAUUACAAACAAUUAUCAUUGAAAACUGGUUUACAAUUAUUAGAAUAGCUUAUAACAAUAUUUAGUAAUGUACACAAUAAAGGAAUUGUUCAUAGAGAUCUAAAGCCUGAAAAUAUAAUGAUGGGCAAAAUUGAUUUAGCAUAAGCAUAUUUAGUUGACUUUGGAGUUUCUAAAUAGAUUUUUGAUUAAGGAAAGCAUAUGUACAUAUUAUUAUACAUUAAAAAAUAGACCUUUUAGAGAUAAAAAGUCAUUUAUUGGAACUACUAGAUAUGCUUCAAUUGCAGCUCAUAAAGGAUAUGAAAUAGGUAGAAAAGAUGACUUAGAAUCUCUUAUGUAUGUUAUUAUAUAUCUUAUAUUGGGGUAAACAUGUUAUUUAAUUUCAUUAGCAAAUUACCUUGGUAAAAUCUGUAGAAUAUUGGAGAUAAAGACAGAACAGUUGUUGUUGGAGAAGUGAAGAUGCAAACAUCAAUUUAGCAACUCUGUAAAGAUUUGCCUCCACCUUUCUCAGAAUAUCUAAAGUAUAUUCUUAAUCUCAACUAGUUAUUUAAAAGGGCUUAAUUAUCAAGAUUAACCUGAUUAUGAAUUAUUAAAGAAAAUUAUGAGAUAAUGUUCAGAUGCAAAUACUUAUGAUAAUUAAUUCGAAUGGACAGAUAAAAUACCAGAAAAACUUGGAGAUAUAAAAUAAUAAAGUUCAUUUUUAGCUGUCCCAAAUGGUUUAAAUGAUUAACAUAGAUAAAAUACAAAAAAAUAAUCUUAUAUGGGUACUGAUUCUAAUAAUUUUAGGUUCUCAAUCCUCUAAUAUUGUUAAAUAUAUACCUUCUCAUCAAGAUGCUUUACUAAUAAAAUCUUAACCUUAAAAAAUAAUAACUAGUCAACCUCAUAUUGAAAUGUUGAAACAAAUAGACACUGUUGAUUUUGAUGAUAUCGAAGAAAACAUGAAAAAUUAUCCUACUUUAGAAUAAAAGCUAUUAAGAUUAUAAGGAUUUGAUGCUAAAUUUAAGGAAUAAUGUCUAUCACAUUCUGCAAUUCAUGUAUUUGAUCAUUGA